AUUUGUGUGAAAUAGUUUGUCUCGUCACUGGAACAUAUUAAAGACUGAGACCAGCAAACGAAGCCGUCAUCUUGAUUGCUCAAAAUACAACAUUACACAGUGUCGCGCUUCUGAGUCUGCCUUGGAAGAAAAUCAGCAACAACAACAAUGGAGGCGCCGUCUUUUGCUUAUUCUGCUUCCUCUUCCUCUCUCCUCUCUCUGCGCAAAACGCCACUCUCAUCUCCGAGAUUAUCCUGUUUGGGCAAUACCAAACACAGAAACUUCUCAGUUCGUGCCUCCUCUUCUGGGGAUUCUGUUGUGACUUUGCUUGAUUACGGUGCUGGCAAUGUUCGGAGUGUCAGGAAUGCAAUCAGAUUCCUCGGGUUUGAAAUCAAAGAUGUACAAACCCCGCAAGAUAUUUUGAAUGCAAGUCGGUUAGUUUUUCCUGGGGUUGGAGCAUUUGCUGCCGCCAUGGAGGUGUUAAGCAAAACUGGAAUGGACGAAGCAUUAUGUUCAUAUAUUGAAAAAGAUCGUCCAUUUUUGGGGAUUUGUCUAGGACUUCAGCUACUUUUUGAAUCUAGUGAGGAGAAUGGACCAGUAAAAGGUCUUGGCUUGAUACCUGGAACUGUUGGGCGAUUUGACUCAUCAAAUGGUUUUAGAGUACCACAUAUUGGCUGGAAUGCUUUACAAAUCACGAAGGACUCAGGAAUUUUGGAUGAUGUUGGAAAUCACCAUGUCUAUUUUGUGCACUCUUAUCGUGCCAUGCCUUCAGAUGACAACAGUGAGUGGAUAUCCUCCACAUGUGACUAUGGUGACAAAUUUAUAGCAUCUAUUAGAAGAGGAAAUGUUCAUGCAGUUCAAUUCCACCCAGAGAAGAGUGGAGAUGUUGGUCUCUCAAUUUUGAGAAGAUUCUUGAAUCCGAAGUCAAACAUGACAAAGAAGCCUGGGGAAGUCAAAGCUUCAAAACUUGCAAAAAGGGUGAUUGCUUGUCUUGAUGUGAGAGCAAACGAUAAAGGGGACCUUGUUGUAACCAAAGGAGAUCAGUAUGAUGUAAGAGAACAUACAAAUGAGAACGAGGUAAGGAAUCUUGGCAAGCCAGUUGAUCUUGCUGGACAGUACUAUAAAGAUGGAGCUGAUGAGGUCAGCUUUCUAAACAUUACAGGAUUUCGGGACUUCCCUCUUGGUGAUUUACCUAUGCUUCAGGUAUUACGAUACACAUCAGAAAAUGUUUUUGUACCUUUAACUGUCGGUGGAGGAAUUAGAGAUUUCACAGAUUCAACCGGAAGGUACUAUUCUAGUUUGGAAGUUGCUUCAGAAUACUUUAGGUCUGGGGCUGAUAAGAUUUCCAUUGGAAGUGAUGCAGUUUAUGCUGCAGAAGAAUAUUUAAGAACCGGAGUAAAAACUGGAAAGACCAGCUUGGAGCAGAUAGCAAGAGUUUAUGGGAAUCAGGCAGUGGUUGUUAGUAUUGAUCCCCGUAGAGUGUAUGUAAAGGAUCCUAAUGAUGUGCUAUUGAAGACCGUAAGGGUUUCAAAUCUAGGUCCAAAUGGAGAAGAGUAUGCAUGGUAUCAAUGUACAGUUAAUGGAGGGAGAGAAGGCCGACCAAUUGGUGCCUAUGAACUAGCAAAAGCAGUUGAAGAGCUUGGCGCUGGAGAAAUACUACUUAAUUGCAUCGAUUGUGAUGGUCAAGGGAAAGGAUUUGAUGUAGAUUUAAUUAAGUUGAUAUCAGACGCUGUAAGUAUCCCUGUGAUUGCAAGUAGUGGUGCUGGCGCUCCUGCACACUUUUCUGAGGUGUUCAAUAAAACAAAUGCAUCAGCAGCACUUGCUGCUGGCAUUUUUCAUAGGAAAGAGGUGCCUAUUCAGACUGUAAAAGAGCAUUUGUUGAAGGAAGGCAUUGAAGUCCGAAUCUAAUCAUAUAUGCAUUUAGGGGUAAAUUUUUUUAGAUGCACUUCUUAAUAAACAAACUUUGUAUCUUAUCACUUUCUGUAUCUAAACUCUCCAAAUCUCAACAUUUUGGCUCAUCAAAAAAAUUUCAGUGAGACAUUUGUAAUAUUUUACGAGAAAUAGAUUUACCAUGUGCACCAUUUUUUUC